AAGGAUGUAAUUACUUCGAUCUAGCAAAAAACGACUAUUAGCUCGUUUCUAAAAACAACAACCUUCGCCGAAAUAGGCGCGAAGUACGCGAAGCCAUUCAGAUUGAAGCUAACACUCAAAUUAAAGGGUUGAAAGAGUUAACUCAUGAAUUCAUCCCAUAACGUAAUUACAGUCGCAACCGCAAUCUGAAAGUGUUUUAAUUCGUUGUCCACUCAACAUCAACAACAACGGCAAGACAUUCAGCAUUCAAACCUUCAUCAAGCAAAACAUCUAAAUAGAUAAGUUUAUGUUAACGUAGUUUAGUUGUGUUAAAAUUUACACUUAGACAAUUUUAUUUUAUUUUUAAAUACAAAAAACAGCUUAUUUUUGUAAACCUUCUUCCAAUAUGUUGCGUUCUCCCCAAGAAAAAGGUGCUGGGGAUAGACUUGGUAGGUCUCUGAUUGACAUUGAAGAUCCCUGUGAGGUGUCACAAGAUAAUAUACGUAAUCCGUAUGACAGGUCUGAAAUUUGUGCUACUUCGGUAAAAUUACCACAAUUUUGGUCUAACUGUCCUGAAGCAUGGUUCGUGCAUGCCGAGAUGCAAUUUGCUACAAAGGGAAUUAGUAGGGAUUCGACCAAGUACGAGUUCGUUAUAACUGCCUUGCCUCAAGAAGUUAUUGCGAAUGUACUUGAUGUUAUACAAAAAAAAGUUCUCAUUGACCGACAUUCUUUAAGCGAGCAGAGAAGACUUACUAAAAUUUUGUCAGAUACUGAGAUAGGGGAUCGCAGACCUUCAGAGUAUUAUAGGACACUUGAGUCAGUUAGCGGGUAGCACAAUAGACUCGAUUUUCUUAAAAAAUAUUUGGUUGCGGAAACUACCUAAAAGUUUGUAUGUUGCAUUAACCAGCGCUAAUUUAAAUAAUAUUAAUGAUCUCUUGCAACUCGCACAUAAAAUUUGGAAAAUUACCAGUGGUAGUGAAAUUUGUGCUGUUAAAAGUAAAGUACUUACUUCUUCAAAUAAUUUUGAUGACUUAGGGAAAAUUGUGGAAGAUUUAGCGAAGGUUACGACGAAAAUGUGUGAAAGUUUUAAUCGUUUGCAGUUGGACAUUAAUGAGAUUAAAACGCAAAUAUAUGAUAGACCAUCACGAUCAAGAAGGAGGUAUUUUAGUAAUAAUAAAAAUUCCCAGUCACGUAGUAAGUCUCAAUCUAAAAAUUGGGUCUGUCGGUACCAUUUCCGUUUUGGUAGUAAAGCACGUAAGUGUGAAGAACCGUGUGCCUUUAAAAGAAAUAAUUCUGACUCGACCAACUAGGACAUGCUGUUGUUGCAGCGACUAACAAUGGCAAUUUGAAAUUUUCAACACGUCGCUUAUUUGUAUUAGACAAAGAACCCAGCCAGCAAAAUCGUCGUAAACAAGCUCGUAAUUGGAUAUUUUCUCGAAGAAAAUAAAAUCGUU